ACUGGGCAUUCGAGUUUAGCACUUACUCUCUGACGGUGAAAUGUGUUGACCGUAUCGAUCGAUGUCGUAUUAUUCACAAAUACGGAAAUAAGCGCGUACAAAGUGUUGAAAUCACGCGCAUGAAAGUAGAUACAUCUUUGUAAGGCUUUUAUGAGAGCACAUAAUACAAGCUUUCAUUCCACCGAAAUCCCAAGCAUCCUUCGAUGAUACUAUCUCAAUAAUGGGCAGUUGUGUUACUCGUAGUAAACAAAUUGAACCUAUCUCAACCAGCAGUCGAGAGAGAUGGAAAAACGAAGCGAAGAUUGAGCAAGUUUACAGCAGAGUUACCGAUGGAGGUCUUGACAAACGCGCCGUUUAUGUUAAUCAGUUCAUCAAAGAGCGAUAUGAAAUAUUCACUUCCAUCGGUAAAGGAGAGUUUGGUCAUGUCGUUAGAGCUCAGGACAAACACAACAAAAUGCCUUACGCAAUUAAAGUGAUUGAACUGACGCCAGACAUUCGCGCUAAAUCAAAAGUCGAGUUGCAAAUCCUGAGGAAAGUCAACCAUAAGUAUGUCAUUCGUUUGUACGAAGUUUACGCAACAACACGCCGGCUUUAUCUUGUAAUGGAUUUGGCUACUGGUGGAGAGCUUAUGGACAGGAUUUCCCUGUUGGGAAACUUCAAUGAACGCGAUGCAUCACAUGUUCUGUACAUGAUCCUCGAUGGUCUACGCUACCUGCACUCCAAUGGUAUCACCCAUCGAGAUCUCAAACCACAAAACAUCCUUUACUAUCAUCCUGGAAGCAAUUCGAGGAUUAUUAUUACGGAUUUUGGUCUUUCUGCCAUGAGUGACUCGUCUCAAAAUCCUGCAAAUUACCUCAUGAAGACGGACUGUGGUACUGUGGAGUACAUGGCACCAGAAGUCAUCACUCGCGCGCAUUACACCAAUGCAGUUGAUAUGUGGUCAAUGGGUGUGAUUGCAUACAUCGUACUGAGCGGCCGCCUGCCUUUCCCGCUCAAUGGAAACAUUCUGUCCACAUUGCGAAUGAUUUGCUUUUGCAAGUACUCUUUUGAAGAGGAGCCGUGGAAUGCGGUUUCCGACGAGGCAAAGACCUUCAUUAGAUCGUUGCUUGUUGUUGAGCCCGCGAAGCGUUUGACCGCUGCUCAAGCUCUUAAACAUCGCUGGAUAAGACGGAAGACUCACAAUAAACAAAACCUACAGAAAUCCAUCAGCUCCAAUUGGAACGAUUCUAGAACUUCGCUAAAAAAUGAAAAGGGCUUAAAAUGCCAAGCUCGGGAAAUCUUACAAAAGUCGAAGCCCAGAACAAGCCAUAGGUCAAGCACAAACACAGCAAGAUUGCACAGAAAGCCUUUGGACUCGAUAAGCUGGGCAAGAAGUCCAGAAGGACACACCAAAGAUCGUAAAAGCAAAGUUAGGAGUCACGUGUCGAGAAAGGGAUCGAACAAAAAACACCAAGAGAAGAAAAUAAGAAGAAGUACAAGAACUUCAAGGAGUAAGAUAAGUAAUGUAAGGUACACCAAGGGAUUUAAAUUGUUAAAAGAAGCGGGAAAAGGGAUAGCGAGAAACUGA